GAAAUCGCCAGACGGCGCUCGUGCACUGUGCAAGUGAUUUGAUCACGUGAUUUCAAACAAGCAAGAUGGCGGCUUCUUCGUUGGAUGACAAGGCGAUCUGGGACGACGGAGAUGAGGCGCUUGGAGAAGAAGUGAUGCGGAUGUCCACAGAUGAGAUCAUCAGCAGAACUCGGCUGCUGGAUAAUGAGAUAAAGAUUAUGAAGAGCGAGACAAUGCGGAUCUCCCACGAGCUCCAGGCGCAGAGGGAGAAAAUCAAGGAGAACACAGAGAAGAUCAAGGUCAACAAGACACUGCCUUACCUGGUGUCCAACGUUAUAGAGAUCCUGGAUGUGGAUCCCCAGGAUCAAGCCGAAGAAGACGGAGCCAACGUGGAUCUGGACUCCACCCGGAAGGGGAAGGCAGCGGUCAUCAAAACCUCCACCAGACAAACCUACUUCCUGCCAGUCAUUGGGCUGGUGGACGUGGAACAGCUCAACCCUGCUGACCUGGUGGGGGUGAACAAAGACUCGUACCUGAUCCUGGAGAAGCUUCCCGUGGAGUACGAUUCCCGCGUGAAGGCGAUGGAAGUGGACGAGAGACCGACGGAGCAGUACAGCGACAUCGGCGGGCUGGACAAACAGAUACAGGAGCUUGUAGAGGCAGUGGUUUUACCAAUGACACAUAAGGACAAGUUUGAGAACCUGGGAAUCCAGCCUCCGAAGGGUGUUCUACUGUACGGACCUCCCGGUACGGGCAAGACUCUCCUGGCCAGGGCCUGCGCAGCACAGACUAAGUCGACUUUCCUAAAGCUGGCGGGGCCGCAGCUUGUACAGAUGUUCAUCGGAGACGGCGCUAAGAUGGUCCGAGAUGCCUUUGCGCUCGCCAAGGAGAAAAGGCCCGCCAUUAUCUUCAUCGACGAACUGGACGCGAUCGGAACGAAGCGGUUCGACAGCGAGAAGGCGGGAGACCGCGAGGUCCAGCGGACGAUGUUGGAACUCCUGAACCAGAUGGACGGCUUCAGCUCGACCAUGGACAUCAAGGUGAUCGCAGCCACCAACAGAGUGGACAUCCUGGACCCUGCACUGCUCCGUUCCGGCCGGCUGGACCGUAAGAUCGAGUUCCCCAUGCCAAACGAGGAGGCGCGGGCGCGCAUCAUGCAGAUCCACUCACGCAAGAUGAAUGUCAGUCCCGAUGUAAACUUUGAGGAGCUGGCUCGCUGUACAGAUGACUUCAAUGGGGCACAACUCAAGGCUGUGUGUGUGGAAGCUGGAAUGAUUGCCCUCCGGAGAGGUGCCACAGAACUGGUCCAUGAAGACUACAUGGAUGGAAUACUGGAGGUGCAAGCCAAGAAAAAAGCCAACCUCAACUAUUACGCCUAGAAACAGAAAUAUUCUAUGUAUCUUUACAGUACACAAAGUUCCAGUUUCAGUUUUUGUUGUGAAGUUGGAAUUUUGUGAUCCAAGAGAAAUAAGCUAUGUGGGAAUACUAGUAAGCUCUUUCACACUUGCGAGUACGCAUGUGCAGCGACAGGAAUUAUGGGUAAUAUGUCAAAGGUGAAGGGCCC